UAUACGAGCCGCAUUUCUGACACAUGGGUGGUUGUCUGCAGGUGGAUGUAGGGUGAUUGAAGGAGUGGCAGAUGGUGCAUUGGGUGGGAUUUUUCCUGACGGGGUUUACAUUAUAUGUGAGUGUGCCGAAAAUGAUGUGUGUUGGGAGAUCUGUUGUUUUGAAUGUCAGAAAUACUGUUUGGGUGGUUGUCCUGCCCGGGAUGGGUGUGCGAUUGUUGAUGUUUUUGUAAUUUAUAAUCUUGGGUUGUUAGUGGAUUUUGUUUGCCAUGUGGAUGUAGUCUUGGAUGUCCUCUUGUGUGUCCCUGUGGUCUAUGUAUAUUACCCCUUGUAUUUGUGUGAACCAUUUGGGCACCUGCCAUGUAAUGUUAAGUCCGUCUAUCAUUGGAUGUCUGCUGGCAUGUGUAAGUGUAUCUUGGUUGGGGAAGGUGAGUUUGAAGCCGUAGUAACUGUGUAAUGGUAGCACAUAUAUAGUACUGAACAACAAUGGACAGACAAUGACUUCUGGGGGUGACACAGCUUAGGGGAUGAACAAUUAAGGCAAUAAAUGUCAUACUAUAAAUAACACUAAUGAACGGGAAGUGAUAUAGCAGCCCAGGUUGGCUGUCAGUCAAUAUACAAUGAAAUAUUGGUGAGGAUUAACAACGGGGAUUAGCGCCUAAAACGUAAUGACAAUUAAGUUAUGGAGACAGGGUAAUUUGCCUUUGGAGUCAAAUGUACUUCGAAUUCAGACAAUGGUAGUCGUAAAUCAGUCGCUAUGACAAGAUUAACAUUUUCCUUCUCUUUUCCUACUUUUUCUCAUUCACUCAUCCAUUUUCUCAUUCACCCGGUACCUAUCUAAUUCCAUUUACGUCCAUACCUUUACCAAAUUGAUGGAAACAAAGAGCAUUUGAUUUGUUAUAUUUGUACACAACAUGUUUUUCUUUGCUUCAGAUAACGUCUGACGGUGGUACGGAACUAGCUCUCCAAAACGGGAAAUGAGUGCCCCCGGCGGACUCCCGAGGGAGGGGUUCUCCAGCAUGAAACUCCCCUCCCUCAUCAAACAGCUAAAGGUGGUCCUGGACCAAUACCCUGAUGAUGGACAGAUCCUUAAGGAACUGAUACAGAAUGCCGAGGAUGCGGAUGCCACGGAAGUGAAGAUUCUGUAUGAUGGGCGUCCCUUCAGUCCCUCGUCAGUUGAUGGCUUCCCACAUCUUCGGACCCUCAAGGGUCCUGGCUUAUGUGUGUACAAUGAUGGUGUAUUCACUGAUGAAGACUGGGAUGGCAUAAGGAUGCUACAGAGUAGUAUCAAGGAACAGGAGCCUCUUAAAGUUGGUCGCUUUGGACUGGGAUUCAAGUCAGUCUUUCAUCUGACAGAUGUGCCUUUGAUCAUAUCUGGUCACAACAUCCUGUUACUAGAUCCGUACAUGUGGGAACAUGACCCAAGGAUGGUGUGCUAUAUAAGCAGACUGGACAGGAUUGGAUUUUCCAAUGAUUUGUUGCUUCGAGUUCUGGAUGGUAUAUUUGGGUUUUCAGCCCAAACACUCCAGGAUGGAUUCUUCAAAGGCACUCUAUUUUGGUUUCCCCUUCGAGAAGAAGUGACAGAAUUGUCAGACAUUAUUUAUGAUGAUAAUAAAAUACAAGAUCUCUUCAGUGCAUUCCAAGCUGAGGCCCCUCAUAUGCUGCUCUUCCUGAAGUCAUUGUCAAGGAUUCAGGUUUGUCAGAAAGGUGCAAGUCUCUUUGGAAAGCAAGUUCCAGAAAACAGUUGUGAGACUCUUUUCACUGUUGACACGAGUAGCUAUGUAGGUGACACUGUAAAUAUUAGAAAAGAAUUUGUAGAAUCCAUAAAGGAACUGAAGGGAGGGUUACCAAAAUCGCCAAUUGAGAAGAUAUACUACAUGAAAGUAGAAACAUGUGACUUUAUGUCAACACACCAGAACUGUAACAACAGCAUAUGGCUCGUGAUUCAGCACUUUCAAGAUGGAAAAAUUUCAAAAUCAUUCAAGAAACUGUGCUUUGACAAAACCAUUGCAUCAUGCCCGUGUGUUGGCUUAGCUUUCGCCCUUGAACAGGAGCAAACCGGGCAUAUAUUUUGUUUUCUGCCCUUGCCACUUGAGGCGCAGAGUCCCACAGGCCUACCUAUUCACGUCCAUGGUCAUUUUGCACUGAGUCAGAACCGUAGACAUAUCAAGUGGCCAACAGCAGAUCAAACGAAGAACAAAUCCCAGAUGGAUAAAGCGAUACGAUGGAACCAGUGUUUACUCCUCGAGGUGUUCCCUCAAACAUAUGUCAGUCUCAUACAAGAGUUGAUCAUGUAUUGGCAAAAGGAAGGAAGAGAUGAGACUUGUGUAGAGAAGAUAUACCGUGCGCUGCCUGAUAAAUCACAAAUACGUGAAAACUGGAAAGGACUUUGUGAAGCAUUUUACAAGUUAAUGUUCAGAGAACGAAGCCUCUACACCCCAAAUGAUGGAGGCAAGUGGAUAAAUGCUGAAAAUGGAAUCCUCUUUGUACCUUCAAAAGUGUCGUCUGAAAUCCAAGAAACAAUUGUUGUUACCUACAAAAUGAGUCAGGAAAACAUUGUUGUAGUCCCACCUCAUUUGCAUGAGGCAUUGCAAUCCUACUACCCAGAUCUAGAGCAACUGAAAUUUGUGACUUCAGAUGGACUUUCAAAAACCCUUCAGUCCAAGAACCUUUAUCCAGGAAUAACAGACCAACAGAAGCUGCAUCUGCUUGAGUUCAUAUGUGCAGAGGACAGCUUUCAGUGUCUUCGUGGGGUGAGACUUCUCCCUCUUGCAGAUGGAUCCUUCACGACAUUUGGGGAAGCAGACCCUGUAUUUGUGUGCGAGGAUGAAGAUGAUAUAAACAUGUUUCCAGGCCUGAGACAUAGAUUUGUUCUUCAUGACAGUACUACUGGACACUAUCUUCAAGAUAUGGCAAAAAAAGGAAUUUUCAACAUUCAAAGAUUGUCACCUGAGCCCUUUGCACGUCUUCUUAAAGAGUGCAUGGAGGUGCAGUUUCCUUCAGGGAUUGCAACUGUGACAUCUGAUUCUCAAUUUAGUCCAGAAUGGCUUGACUCUGUAUGGCAGUACAUCACAAAACAUGACAUAGAUGUCAAAGACAAAUUUCCAGACGAUUUACUUAUCCCUGGGGAAGCCACUGCUGAUGGAACAAUGCCUCUUUAUCCUGUAUCUUCAAGUUUCAUUUGCAUGAAUGUGAAGACUGUUGGUGAUUUGGAUCAAAGACUAGGUUUGGCUUUGGAACACCUUGGUAUCAUCUCGCUAUCAAAGAUACCUGAUGCUCUCAAGAGAAAUGCCUCCAUUAUCGGAGAUGUUAUCAAAUAUCCAUCCUUUGAAGGUGUCAUCAGCGUCCUUGAAGAUGUUGCACAGAAGGAUACACUUUUGGAGAAGGUAUCUAAUUUUAACAACAUUGCGAAAGAUGAGGAAAAACGGUCUUUGGUUGAGUUUCUUUGUGAAUGUAAAUGUCUGAGCAGUUCAGCCAAAGACGUACUGCAGAAGCUGGAACUAUUUGCAAACACAGACAACUUGGACAUGGAUACAACCAUUGAACAGAUUAAUCUUCUGGAGCCAGCAGACCAACUGGUUGUGCCCUAUCCAGAAGUUUAUUUACGGUGCAUUCCAGCCACUACUGCUACCCUAUCUCAACUACUUGAUGCAAGACAAGUGACUCGAGAUGAAGUUACACUCAACAUUCUGAUAUUAAUGGCAAAUGGAGACAAUAAAUACAACAGGAAUGAUGUUAAAGUAUUUAUGCUACACCUUCUGAAAGAAUGUCAUUUCUUCACAAAUCAAGCCAUACUAAGGCUAGCUAAAAGAAUACAAUUCCUUACUACAGAUGAAAUGAGUGAGCAGUUUAGGGUUUGUGAUCUAUUUGAGCCACAGCCAGAACUCUGCAAGUUGUUUGAAAGAGAAGAUAAAUUUCCUGCUGCUGAAUUCAUGGAUUCAUCUUUAUUACAGGGACUGAAAAUGCUUGGACUAAAAACAGUGACAGAUGUCACAGAUGAACAUCUUUGCCGUACUGGUGCAGUCAUAGAAAGCCUUCUUGGGACAAAUGAGUUUGAAGUUGCUGCUAGGAAAGGCAAAGCUUUAUUUGCUUUUCUGAAGGCACGUCUUGCAAAACCUUAUAAAAAUUCUUUGGAAAGCCUACUACAAGUAAGAUUUGUUCCACGUCUAGUAAGGAGAACAACAGGUUAUCCAGACACAUUGAGGUUGUUUGGAGAAGAAAAUAGCUGCUUGCUUGAACGACUUGGGAAUGUGUGGAAUGAGAAACAUCUGAAUGUUAUAGGAUCAGUUUCCCCAGUUGCAAAUCUUCCAAAAGAAAUCAUCAGUGCAUUUCAAUUGGUAUCUGAACCACCACUUCAUCAAGUGUUGGAGCAUAUGGACCUAACAAUUGCAUCAUAUCAGCCCCAACAGGAUACAGAACACAAGUACAUGGAAGUAAUGAAAGACCUGUACAGGUAUCUUUCAAAGCAAAAUGUUUCCUUGAUGACAAAAGCAUGCAAGGAAAGACUUCGCAAAAUGAAGUUUAUUUGGAUCAAUUCAGAAUUUCAUUUUGCCAGUCAAAUUUGGACCAUGAAAUCACAACGGAAGGACAUUGAGCUCAAACCUUACAGAUUUUGUUUGCCAAAGUUUUGGAUUGGUAUUGCAGACAUUGUAGAAGCUGUAGGUGGGCAGAAACAACAAAGUCCUGAAAUGUUGGUUUCUGUUCUCAAGGAGAUUCAGCAUAAACACCUUCAAGCCAGAAUGGAUAAUUCAGAUGAUAUGCAAGAAGAUCUCCAAAUCAUUUUUCACAUCAUUACCACGUUGAAAUCAUACAAAUUCCAUUCAAAUGAAAUUAUUUUGCCAAUUCACCAAGAUGAAUACUCCAAGUCCCUUGUUUUGAAAUCUGCUGAAGACUGUACCUUUUGCAAUGCUGAAUGGCUUCUGGAACAGACAACAGAUGGUGAAGAGGAAGAGAAGCUCUACUUUGUACACAGUGAUAUAUCUGAAGAGACAGCAAGGUAUUUUGGAGUAUCUCUCUUGACUGAGAGGGUUAUGGAGGGGACAGAGGCCUUUGAUCUUAACUGUGGCCAGCAUGAGUCAUUAACCAAGCGGUUAAAUGGGAUCCUUAGAGGAUAUACAGAUGGAUUUUCAGUACCAAAAGAGAUAAUACAAAAUGCAGAAGAUGCCAAAGCAACCAAAGUGAUGUUCCUCUAUGAUGAGAGACACAAUAGUAGUGCUAGAUCAUCUUUGAUGAAUAAAGGAAUGGAAUCCCUUCAAGGUCCUGCCUUGUGGUCAUACAAUGAUGCACAAUUUACGGAGGAUGAUUUUCUAAACAUUCAGCAUCUUGGUGGUGCUACGAAAGAAGAUGAUGCAACAAAGCUUGGUCGUUUUGGACUUGGUUUCAAUUCUGUGUAUAACUUGACAGAUGUCCCAAGCUUCAUCAGUGGAAACACUGUAGUUAUAUUUGAUCCACAUCGGACCUAUCUGGGCAGACCAGGACUGAAAGCAGACAUAUCCUCCGUCAAAAAUAGGAGAAUGCUGCAGACGAUGCGAGGCCAAUUUCAGCCAUUUGAUGGAGUGUUUGGCUGUGACAUAGGACAGAAAGCCAAGGGGGAUAUUUGCAAAGGGACAUUGUUUCGGUUCCCUCUGCGAACAGCAGAACAGGCAGAAAAAAGUGAAAUAAAACAUCUUCAUUACUCAAAAUCAGAGAUGAAAACAUUCCUGGAGAUUUUGGUCAAAGGUGCUGGAAAUCUAUUAUUGUACACACAAAAUGUAAAGUUAAUGGAAGUAUAUUACCUACCAAAUGGAGCCUCUGUUGACAAGUGUGAACUUUUGUUUUCAGUUCAAAAGAAAACAGAUGAUCAGUUUUCUGUGUUUAACCAGGCAAAAGUACCGCACAAUCCUCAAAUUAACACCCUCAGUCACUUCUCAAAACAGUGCAACAUGGAUUCAAGGGAAGACUAUUUAAUAGAAAGGGUGAAUGUUUCUGUCAAGACAACCACAGAAUUUUCAAACUCUUUUGGCAUUAAAGUCCAUCAGGACAAUACAAACUGGCAGAUAACAUGGUCCAUGGGAAAAACAGUUCCAGGACAAUUUGCCACAAUAAAAGGCCUACUCCCUUUAGCUUCAACUGCUGUUCCACUAAGCACAAGUGGUGAAAUAAUUCAAAUGAGCUCACUUCGUGAAUGUCAGAGCUUUUUUUGUGUCGGACACUUAUACUGCUUUCUUCCUUUGCCCCUCCCAUCUACACAAUUCGCCAUGCACAUCAAUGCACAGUUUGCGCUGACAGAAGACAGGAGGCGAUUGUGUGAAAAAACAGAGGACGACAAAACAUCAAUUCCUGGUUCCUGGAACAAACACUUAGAAACUGAGGUUAUCGGUCGAACAAUAAUCUGCACUCUGACAGGACUCGAGAAUCUUACUCAGAAUGAUGCUGAGGCCUAUUACAACUUGUGGCCUGGUGUCAUGUUGGACAAGGAUGUAGAUGUCAAAAAUUCACUUGAGAAACCAGCCAUUGUGACAAGUUUCUAUAAGGUGAUUACUGAAGAGGAAUACAAAGUCUUUCUGCAAGGUGAUCCAGUGAAUUAUGUAGCAUUCAAGAACUCCAUAUUUUUGUCCCCAUCUUUAGCAUACAAUGAGUUGAUUGGAAAAACUGCUGUCGGGGUACUUCAAAGAUUCUGGGAAAAGGAUACAGUUAUUGACCUACCUGAAAGAAUUUAUCAAAAUUUCAUAUCAGCUGGUCUUACAGAAACCUUCAACAGUCAUGUUGUCAGUACUGAAGAUUUCUACAAGGAGGUUUUCUUACCAAAUAUUGAACUGGUAAAUUCUUCAGAUCGUCAGUCACUGACAUUGUAUGCUGUCAAACUGUGCUUUCCAAAUAUUGAUGCUUUGUUGAAGAAGUAUGAAUGCAUUCCUUCAAAACCAAAUGGAAAACUAAGAAAGCCAAAGGAGCUAGUCUAUCCAAGAGGAAAGGUUUCCCAACUAUUUACUGAAUCUGAAGAGAUUUUUCCAAGUGAGGCAUUUGAAAGGCAUGAAAUCCUGAAGCAGUUAUGUUGCCUGGGUAUGGUAGAAAAUGAUCUUCCGUGGGAAGCUAUAAUAGGAAGGAUACAAACAGUACAAGACCUGAGUCUCGAGGAUAAUACUCGAGCCGAGAAGAGGUGUCUCAACAUUCUACAAUAUAUCAAUGAGUAUGACAGCAGCACCCGUGGGAGGCGAUUCCAUAAAUGUGGAGAGGAUGCAAGACAGCAAAUAUCCACCAUGGCCUUUCUCCCAGUAAUGCAGAAAGCCAGAGAUUGGCCUUUCAAGUGGAAAGGUGAUACAGUUUCAGUAUUCUCAACACCUGUUCAGUUGUUCUUUCGUGAAGAAGCUGAUUUAGUUGGAUGUUGUAACCUUCUGCUUGACUCAUACAAACUGGAUGGAUUAUUUUCUUUAAAAGAAGUUCUAAUUUGGCUUGGUGUUCAAGACACAAAAUCUGUAACUGCAACAGUUGCUUGUGAACAAUUGCUCCACAUUUCAACACAAAUACUCACAGGAGUUCAGCUGAGUAAGGAAUCAAUCAAAAUCUUAAACAACCUGUAUAAACACCUGGAUGCUUUGUGCAAGGAGGUUGACAGCACCUCUCCAGAGCAUGACAUUAUAGCAAAGCUUAAAGGCAAGCAAGUUAUACUUAAUGAUAAAAUGCUAGUGUUUCCUCAGCAAGUUGCAUUUCAUCUGGAGUAUGACCUACAUCCAUAUCUGUAUCAAAUUGAACCAACACAAAGAUUUAUAUACAAGCACUUCCUGCAGGUUAUUGGAAUCAAGGAACACUUUGAUGUGGAUUGUAUGAAAGAGCAAAUUGACAAGAUGGCUGAAACAUACAAGGAUAAACCAAUGAGAAAGAAAGAUGUGACUUUAUAUGUCAACAUGGCUAACUUAUUAUACAAGUUGUCAGAGAAGGAAAACUGUGUCAACUCUGAAUUAUGGCAAAUGUUUUUACCAGACACUGAAAACUCCCUGAAGCCUGCAACUGAUCUUUGUCUUGACGACUGUAGUCGCCUGAAGAAAGAUUCGGGAAUACAAAUUGUUCAUCCCUCCAUAUCAAAAGAAGUAGCCCUACAUUUCAAAGUCAAGACACUGAUACAUGCCAGUGUUGCGAAAGUACUGUUACCAUGGUCAGCAACUUCAUUUGGCCAACGUGAGAAACUGACAACGAGACUGAGGGGAAUCCUUGAAGGAUAUCCAAGGGAUUCAUCAAUUAUGAAGGAACUUCUUCAAAAUGCAGAUGAUGCAGGAGCUACUGAGCUAAAAUUCAUCAAAGAUUUCAGAAACCAUCCUACUCAAAAUGUAUUUUCCGAUAAUUGGAAACCUUUACAGGGCCCUGCUUUGUGUGUUUGGAACAACAGUAGUUUUACAGAGAAAGACUUUGAGGGGAUUCAAUCUCUUGGCGUUGGAAGCAAAUCUGAUGAUGCCCUGAAGACAGGACAAUAUGGUGUAGGCUUUAAUGCUGUGUACCAUUUAACUGAUGUUCCUUCUUUUUUCACAGUUGGCCCAGAGACACCAGAAACUGUAUGUUUCUUAGAUCCUAAUCUGAAGUACAUUCCAUGGGCAACAUCUGAAGCCCCUGGUUGUAGACUCCUUGCUGAUGAGCUGCAGUACAAUUUUCAGGACAUAUUCAAAUGCUAUCUUACGGAUGUUAUAGACUUUGGAGAAUCAGGGACCCUGUUCCGUCUGCCACUGAGAACAAAAGAAAUGGUGUCUGAUAUAUCUGAUGAAGAAAUUCCAAUUGAAGGGAAAAUGGGCAUAGAACAACUGCUAAAGGAUUUCAGUAAUGAAAUGGCUGAGUCUCUGUUGUUUCUACACAAUAUCAAGAACAUAUCAAUACAUUCAGUGACGAAAGAUGGGAGACUUGUUGAAGAUUUUUCAGUUAGUGCGGAAAUAAGUGACAAACAUGCUGGCCUAAAAAAGUAUGUAUCAGGUUUACGAACGUAUGUCAAACACAAAGAGCAGGAUGUCACUAAGCAGACAAAGGUAGUACUGAAAGUGAAGAGCCUUGAAGGAAAACAAGAAAGGUGGCUGGUUGUUCAUAAGUGUGGCUUUGCUGAUAACAGUAAAGUUCCUGAAAUUCUUAAAGAAUGCCAAAGAGAUGGCAAGAUUGGUAUGUUACCACGAGGUGGUGUAGCAAUACCACUGGAUGACAAUACAGUGCGAGGAAAAGCAUUUUGUAUGUUACCCCUCCGCAUCACCACAAAACUCCCCGUGCACAUAAACGGACAUUUUGCAUUAGAUCAUGAAGCUAGAGGGAACCUAUGGCAUGGUCCACAUCUUUUCCGCACACUUUGGAAUGAAGCCAUCAUCAAACAAGUCAUUGUUCCUGCUUAUGUAUCAGGUCUUGAAACUCUGAUAGGACCAGAACUGCUUGGUGCCCAGCAAGAUCCAGAUUAUUUUAGGUCUCAUGAACUGCUUAAACCCUUCAUCAACCUGUUUCCUGUGAUAGCAGGCACUUCAGAUGACUAUUGGAAAUUGUUAGCCACAUGCUUUUAUAGGCAUAUUGUACAGCAUUACACAGCUCUUUUUCCUGUUAUCAAACCACUAGAUGGCAAAUUUUCUGCAAAUUCCAGAUCAAAAAAUCAAACAAGGCUUGUCAAAUUUGAUUGGGUUUCAGUUGCCUCGUCUACUGGAUUCCCAGGAUACUUUAACAAUAUCCCAGUUCCUGAAACAAAGCUUGUGGAAAUUCUCAAAGAUUUGGGGAUGAAGAUAAUAGAUAUGCCACUGUCCAUCUACCAUCAGUUUCAGGAGGCUGCCUUGGAGGUUUCCUGUAUAUCACCAGAUAAUGUGAUUGAAUUUUUGAAGUCAUUCACCAACAGCAAUGAGGAUAGAUGUCAACUUGCAAGUCUCCCUUUAGACAUCAAGUCAACUCCUCUAAAGGACACCCAUGCCUUGACUGUUUUGACAAGUUACUGCAAAAAGGGUUUAACUUUUCUUGAUUCAUUAGAUGGCCUACCUCUUCUUCUGACACAAGAUUCGAUUCUGAGAUGUUUCACUUCACAGCUACCAAUAAUCGUCACUGUAUUUACGGAGUUGAUCCAAGGAUCACCAGGAAUGGCAAUGCAUAGAUCAAUGGAACAGUUGUACUCUGGUUUUACAGAUAAAUCAGAUACACUUAGGAAACUUGACAUUCAAACACUGAGCACUCUUCUGCCAGACACAGUGGGUCAUAUAAUCAGCACUGUUCCAAUUCCAUGGGUUCCAUGGGAACGCAGUAGUAAACCAUCUCCUCAAUGGAUUCUUGAGAUAUGGGAUUUUCUUCACAGGGAAAUUGUUGCUUCAUCAAAAAUGACUCCUCAUAUAGAUAGUAUCAAAUCCAGCCUAUCCUCCUUGAGUCAAGUGUGCAUCAUACCUGCCAAAGUAACUGAGAAAUCUCAGACUGUGAUCUAUUUAUUUCCAAUUUGUGACUCUGACAAAAUUUUAGACCUUCUUGAUAUGAUAAACAUUACCUAUCAAACAACCUUUUCUAAACUAUGUGUACCCCAACUUGAUUUUGGUGAGACUGCCUCCAAUAGUAAAGAAUUUGUGAAAUUAGCAAAGUCAUUGGUUGCAAAUCUCCAAAGACCAGCUUCUACACUCAAGGCACUUGCACAACACACUCACAAACUUAUUGGCAUAAAGGAGGGUUCAGCUAAAAUAUUGCAGCAAUAUUUUUGCACCAAUCUAAAGGAUCUACAGACACUUGAAAUACCAAUGGCAACAGAGCUACUAAAAUCCUUGCCCAUUUAUGAAGAUUUAUCUGGAUCCUGCCAACACAUGAAAAUGGCUAGAGUCUAUGCUGUCAUUGAGCAUCACAAUAUUCCACAAGAUGGAAUAGAGACAUGGUCAUUGGGGCUCAAAACGUGCCUCCUGAAAUGUUCAGAUAGAAACAAAAACCUUUUUGAGUUUUUAAAGGUUCAAAUACUUUCACCUGAAGAAUUAUAUGAAAAGAUUAUCCUUGAGGAAUUCAGCCAUCUCCCAAAACCCACUCAAGCUGUUCAUUUACGGUAUGUCAGAGACCAUUUGUUGAAAACAUCAUUUUCAUCAAAUUACAGCAGUGUGCAAAAAAAACUGAUUCAGUGUCUUAAACGGUUACACUUCAUUGAAGACAAAGAUGGAUCGUUUCACAGGGCCUGUGAAUAUUACUUGAAACAAGGGACAUUAUUUGCAGAAUUCCUUUCAGAGGACAAAUUUCCACCACCACCAUAUGACAGUCCAGAAUGGGAAACCUUCCUAAAAGAGUCUGGAAUUGUAAUAAAGGUGUCAGAAGAGGAUUUUGAGAAGUUUGCUAGAUCAGUAGAGGACAUGAAUGUCACACCUAUCACAAGAGAUGUGGAACACAAAUCAAAGCUGCUCACAAAGCACUUGUUUGAAAAACAAGAAGGGUUGCUGAAAGGAUCACUUCUCUCACGAGUUAAGAACAUCAAAUUUGUGAUGCCCCACAACAUGGAGAAGGAAUCAAAUGAGAAAGACAUGACAAAACAAAUCCUUCCCCAGUUUCAACGAGGGAAACUGAUAGCAUAUGCUGACUCUGUGUCUUCAAAGCACUGUCACUAUAUAUGGACAAGUUGUGCCAUGUUUCACCACUAUGCGGAUCCUGAUUAUUACAAAUUUGUACAUUCAUCAAAGGAAAGAGAGAUAAUGGCAUAUGUGCUCGGGAUAAAGAAGGAACCCUCCAUUGAAUCAGUGGUUCAGCAUAUAGUGAAUAUAAGUACAUCACUUGAACAACGACAACAAACACGUCCACAUAAGGGUUCUGAUCUCGUGGUCAUACUGACCAUGGUUAUCAAAUCAAUUUACACGUUUCUUCAAGAAAACACUUCAAAUUUGACUGAGAAAUUGAAGAAACAACUAAAGGCUGCUUUCGUUGUAUUUUUACCCCAAGAAGGAUUAUUUGUACGACCAUCACAAGUUGUGCUAGAAGUGUCAGUGACAGACACAAUGCAAGGUAUAUAUAAAGCGCCAGUGGAGUUUGGUCCAUACUUCAAGCUGUUUUCCCUGCUUGGUGCAGCACCAGAAGUGACAACUAAUCACUAUGCUGAGGUUCUACAGGUUCUUGCACAGACAACUGCGGAUGGAAAACUGGAACCAAAUGAACUUAAGAUCGUACAGAAGGCAACAGACAUGCUCUUCAAGUGUUUACAGGAGGAAGAAAAGGAUAACAAAAUCGCUCUAGCAGUUCAAUACUUAUUCCUCUUGGACAGAGACGGCAAACUGUCCAAGUCAACAAGUUUGGUCAUUGCUGAUAAUGAAUCACUGGAGAACAGAGUAAAGACUUUGAAAUUUAGAUACUUUGUUGGUUUCAGAAGAUUGGUGAUUUCUAUAAGAAAUGAAGUUGAUGUAUUUGAACAGUUACCAAAUAAAUAUAGACCUAAGAUUCUUGAUCAGAUGACAAAUGAGGUCAUGUGUGAAACCAGUCACAACAAAGCCACUGAAGGUUCAGACUCGAGUGAAUACAGUCAAAAAUUCACAAAUCCAGAGUUUGUGAUUGGGCUUAUAAGACUUAUAAACGAUAGCUUGCGUUUGGGGAGAGUAGAAAAGCUUACAGAAACAGAACUGAAAAACAUUGAGAUGAAAUUAGCGAAUAUGAGCAUUAAGCAAAUCACAGGUCUGAAAACUGUAUUGAUUCAUGGUGGCCUGGUAGUUGAAGGGAGUGACAGAGAGAAACCAUGUUUUCUUGAUUAUGAAGACGAAAACAAAGUAACUGUUUACAUCAACACCACAAAACUGAAUCAAAUGCUUCUUCGUAAUGCACUGGCCACAGCAAUUAACAAGCUAACAGGGGGGUACAUAACAACUGGCCUAGUUUUUCUGGUUGGUAUGCUUGCAAGUGAUCCAGGAAAGAUUAAAGCCUAUCUAGAUGGAAUGAGUGUCCAACCAACAAGUUACAUAUGCAGCUAUGUAACAGACUCUGUGUUUCCACCACCUGGAACAAGGAUUCCAGAGGAGUUCCACUGGAUGCUUGAUAAUAGUUUUACUAGGUUUGAUGUGGAGGAAUAUGUUGGAAUGGAAAUAUAUGACCCACUCACAGAUGAUAGAAUAGGGCAAGAAGGAUCAACCUUGCCAAAUCCAGACUCAGGUCCAGUUUAUAUCUAUGCCAAGGUGAAACAAAUCCUGACAAGUGAAACUUUGCCAAUUCUUGAUAGAUAUGCCGUUGACGUAGGAGAAGAGGGGACACAAGAAGUAUCUGCCCUGGAUCUUUUCAAGUUUCAGCGUCAGAAACGAUCUCAGUGUAGAGAGAUUGUGCUCUCUAAUAGGUCACAGCAUGAUGAGGGAAAUACACCUGGACCUGAGACUGAGACAGGAGAAGUCCCACGAAAAGAGCAACAGGCAACACCAUCUGAAGACAAGCCUCUUGAUAUGGACAGUGUGCUGAAAGAAAUACGUGAAACAUUGAAGGUGGCAUGGCAAAUGCCAGACACUAAGCAAAGAGAGAAAGUAAAGAAACGUUUGUUGUUUAAAUGGCAUCCAGACAAGAAUCAAGGUAAUGAAGAGUUUUGUACCAAAGUAUUUCAGCGGAUACAGAAUUAUAUUGAAAUGUUGGAGAAGGGUCAAAAUAUAGAUCAAGCCCCAGGACAUACUAACGCAAGGCCAAAAACAGAGAGAUCCAACUUUGACCACUGGUUUUAUGAAGAAAUGAACCGCCGGAGCAAACGUCAUCGGCAUGACUAUGAACAUUACUGGGAUGAUGACGGCGACUUCUUCUCUCAUGGCUUUCACUCCCGGUCAGGCAGGUCAUCAUACAGGGCUCAUCAUACAGAGAAACCUAAUCCUCAGCCUGAAGAGGCCAGGAGGUGGAUGAGACAAGCACGGGAGGAUCUGAGAGUGGCAAGAGAGACCAUGCAAACAUUAUCUGCCUACAACUGGAGCUGCUUCCAGUGCUACAUGGCGUGUGAUAAGGCAGUCAAGGCCCUUCUGUACUACAGAGACGCAAAGGAAGGAGAUGAGCAGAGGACACAGGAUCUCUCCUUGGUGGUGUACACACUGCAGGACAAGAGCAUGCAAGACAUGGUUCACAAACUGCUGAGUAUUGUACAGAAUACCAGCCAUGCACAGUACCCAAAGAAACUGAAGUUCCCUUACAUACCAGCAGAGACAUUUUCCGAUACAAAUGCAGGAGAGGCUUGUGAUAUAUCGGAACGUGUUCUCCAGAGAGCGGGUGAGCUCAUUGGUUGAAAAAGGGAAGACAUAUGUUUAAAGCAUUAAGGACAUCAUGAACAUUGACCGAAUACACCCUAGACCUGAAUGACAUUUGAUAAUAGGUUUACAGUGAUACAUGACAAAUUAUGUAUGGAAGAUGUUUGUUUGUGUGUCUAAUGUGAACAUACAUGAUUUUAUCAUGGCCUUAAAUAAGCUGUAUUUGAAAGAGUCCAUUUAUGUGUUUGUGACUCAAACCUAAAGCAAGUAUGUAUAAAUCUAUGCACAUAAUGAUCAUAUUGUCAGAAAUUAAAAUGAAUAGGACAAACAUUGUAGUACAAUGUUUAUGUAUCUAUGCCCAUACCAAGUGGAUUUCACACACCUGACCUGCAGUGGAUAUGAUAUUUCCUUGUUUCUUCUAUGUAUUUUAACUUAUGAUUCCAAUGUGUUUGUUUUAAAACAGUAGUUUCUUCCAAUGUGCCUUUUUUUUUGUGUGAGUGGACUUGAUAACCAUCUCUACAUUUUUGUCACAUGAAUUUACCCAGUACAACAUCAUAAAAUCGCCUCUCACUUAAAUACUUGAAUAUAUUGAACAUAUUUAUUGAAACUUUUCAGCACUGUAAAUAGCCAUGUAUAUACCUGGUAUUUGAGAGGCCAACUUGUAGUAGUGAUUGGUGAUAUAUUAUGUUUCACAUAGCCAUUUGGACAAAACAAAUCCUGUUAAUAAAGCAGUGAGAAAACUUCAUCAUAACCCUGUAUAUAUAAUGAAUGAUGCUGUAAUUUGUAGGUUGACGGUUGAAGGUUGAACUUUGCUUUUGGUAGAGAUUGCUUUGAUUAUGGAAAGUGGUUUGUCACUUCUAUUGCAUACAGCAACACAUAUGCUGCAUAUUAAGUUAAUUUUCUGAUUUGAUUAUCAUCUUCAUUAUUGUGAAUGCUUUGAAAAAGUGCAUAAACCCUGAAAAGCCGCACUUUCUGUUAUGUGAAUUGAUCCUAAUAUGUACAUAAACCUAGGCAGGAAAAAAUAAUCUAGAAAUUUACUUUUUUGUAAUGUCCUUAUGUCCUUAAAGGCUGACUCUGUUCAGAAUGACAGAGAGAGGUAUCAAGAUAUCAGACCUGUCCUUAUUUUUACAUUCACAAGAUAUGUUAUGAGGUUGAGUUUUAGAGUGAGUGAAAGCUGUCUGUUGUUAUGGAUGCAUGCUAUACCGAUGGAAAGUGAUACGGGAGCAAGUGUUUGGAGAAGUGUAUAGAAUGAAAGUGUGUAGCCCUUGUUAACAUGGGAAUGCUGGGUAUUGUGGACACUGCCCCUACUGCUCCUUAAUCUCUCCAACUAGCAUGUAAGUACUGUAAUGUAUUUUAUGUGCUAGAAUCCCUUUAUUUGGCUGCAUUGGUGGGGAUAUCGGUGUAUUUUACUUCCAUACAAAUUGAAGCCGAGAUUCUGAAGCAUGGCGACUGUAAAAUGGACUUAUGUAUAUAGUGAAACGAACUGGUAACAUGUUGUUAAGACUCAAGUGAAACCUAAAGCAAGUAUGUAUAAAUCUAUGCACAUAAUGAUCAUAUUGUCAGAAAUUAAAUGAAUAGGACAAACAUUGUAGUACAAUGUAUAUGUAUCUAUGCCCAUACCAAGUGGAUUUCACACACCUGACCUGCAGUGGAUAUGAUAUUUCCUUGUUUCUUCUAUGUAUUUUAACUUAUGAUUUCAGUGUGUUUGUUUCAAAACAGUAGUUUAUUCCAAUGUGCCUUUUUUGUGUGUGAGUGGACUUGAUAACCAUCUGUACAUUUUUGUCACAUGAAUUUACCCAGUACAACAUCAUAAAAUCGCCUCUCACUUAAAUACUUGAAUAUAUUGAACAUAUUUAUUGAAACUUUUCAGCACUGUAAAUAGCCAUGUAUAUAACUGGUAUUUGAGAGGCCAACUUGUAGUAGUGAUUGUGAUAUAUUAUGUUUCACAUGGCCAUUUGGACAAAACAAAUCCUGCUAAUAAAGCAGUGAGAAGACUUCAUCAUAACCCUGUAUAUAUAAUGAAUGAUGCUGUAAUUUGUAGUUUGAAGGUUGAACUCUGCUAUUGGUAGAAAUUGUUUAUUAUUAUGGAAAGUGGUUUGUCACUUCUAUUGCAUACAGCAACAUGCAUGCUGCAUUUUAAGUGAAUUUUCGGAAUUGAUUUUCAUCUUUAUAAAAGUGAAUGGUGUUGAUAAGGUGCAUUUGAAUCAACCCUGAAAUGUGUAAUUGAAUAUUGUUGAACAAUUAAGAAUUGUACAUAUUUUGUAGAUGAGAUACAUUAUUUAUGUAGGAGAUAUUAGCCACACUUUCUGUUAUGUGAAUUGAGCCUAAUAUGUGCAUAAACCUAGGCAGGAAAAAAUAAUCUAGAAAUUUACUUUUUUGUAAUGUCCUUAUGUCCUUAAAGGCUGACUCUGUUCAGAAUGACAGAGAGAGGUAUCAAGAUAUCAGACAUGUCCUUAUUUUUACAUUCAGAACAUAUGUUAUGAGGUUGAGUUUUAGAGUGAGUGAAAGCUGUCUGUUGUUAUGGAUGCAUGCUAUACUGAUGGAAAGUGAUACGGGAGCAGGUGUUUGGAGAAGUGUAUAGAAUGAAAGUGUGUAGCCCUUGUUAACAUGGGAAUGCUGGGCAUUGUGGACACUGCCCCUACUGACCCUUAAUCUCCCCAACUAGCAUGUAAGUACUGUAAUGUAUUUUAUGUGCUAGAAUCCCUUUAUUUGGCUGCAUUGGUGUGGACUUGAUAACCAUCUGUACAUUUUUGUCACAUGAAUUUACCCAGGACAACAUCAUAAAAUCGCCUCUCACUUAAAUACUUGAAUGUAUUGAACAUAUUUAUUGAAACUUUUCAGCACUGUAAAUAGUUCAUGUCUGUACCUGGUAUUUGAGAGGCCAACUUGUAGUAGUGAUUGUGAUAUAUUAUGUUUCACAUAGCCAUUUGGACAAAACAAAUCCUGUUAAUAAAGCAGUGAGAAAACUUCAUCAUAACCCUGUAUAUAUAAUGAAUGAUGCUGUAAUUUGUAGGUUGACGGUUGAAGGUUGAACUUUGCUUUUGGUAGAGAUUGCUUUGAUUAUGGAAAGUGGUUUGUCACUUCUAUUGCAUACAGCAACACGUAUGCUGCAUAUUAAGUUAAUUUUCUGAUUUGAUUAUCAUCUUCAUUAUUGUGAAUGCUUUGAAAAAGUGCAUAAACCCUGAAAAGCCGCACUUUCUGUUAUGUGAAUUGAUCCUAAUAUCAGACCUGUCCUUAUUUUUACAUUCACAAGAUAUGUUAUGAGGUUGAGUUUUAGAGUGAGUGAAAGCUGUCUGUUGUUAUGGAUGCAUGCUAUACCGAUGGAAAGUGAUACGGGAGCAAGUGUUUGGAGAAGUGUAUAGAAUGAAAGUGUGUAGCCCUUGUUAACAUGGGAAUGCUGGGUAUUGUGGACACUGCCCCUACUGCUCCUUAAUCUCUCCAACUAGCAUGUAAGUACUGUAAUGUAUUUUAUGUGCUAGAAUCGCUUUAUUUGGCUGCAUUGGUGGGGAUAUCGGUGUAUUUUACUUCCAUACAAAUUGAAGCCGAGAUUCUGAAGCAUGGCGACUGUAAAAUGGACUUAUGUAUAUAAUGAAACGAACUGGUAACAUGUUGUUAAGACUCAAGUGAAACCUAAAGCAAGUAUGUAUAAAUCUAUGCACAUAAUGAUCAUAUUGUCAGAAAUUAAAUGAAUAGGACAAACAUUGUAGUACAAUGUAUAUGUAUCUAUGCCCAUACCAAGUGGAUUUCACACACCUGACCUGCAGUGGAUAUGAUAUUUCCUUGUUUCUUCUAUGUAUUUUAACUUAUGAUUUCAGUGUGUUUGUUUCAAAACAGUAGUUUAUUCCAAUGUGCCUUUUUUGUGUGUGAGUGGACUUGAUAACCAUCUGUACAUUUUUGUCACAUGAAUUUACCCAGUACAACAUCAUAAAAUCGCCUCUCACUUAAAUACUUGAAUAUAUUGAACAUAUUUAUUGAAACUUUUCAGCACUGUAAAUAGCCAUGUAUAUAACUGGUAUUUGAGAGGCCAACUUGUAGUAGUGAUUGUGAUAUAUUAUGUUUCACAUGGCCAUUUGGACAAAACAAAUCCUGCUAAUAAAGCAGUGAGAAGACUUCAUCAUAACCCUGUAUAUAUAAUGAAUGAUGCUGUAAUUUGUAGUUUGAAGGUUGAACUCUGCUAUAGGUAGAAAUUGUUUAUUAUUAUGGAAAGUGGUUUGUCACUUCUAUUGCAUACAGCAACAUGCAUGCUGCAUUUUAAGUGAAUUUUCGGAAUUGAUUUUCAUCUUUAUAAAAGUGAAUGGUGUUGAUAAGGUGCAUUUGAAUCAACCCUGAAAUGUGUAAUUGAAUAUUGUUGAACAAUUAAGAAUUGUACAUAUUUUGUAGAUGAGAUACAUUAUUUAUGUAGGAGAUAUUAGCCACACUUUCUGUUAUGUGAAUUGAGCCUAAUAUGUGCAUAAACCUAGGCAGGAAAGAAUAAUCUAGAAAUUUACUUUUUUGUAAUGUCCUUAUGUCCUUAAAGGCUGACUCUGUUCAGAAUGACAGAGAGAGGUAUCAAGAUAUCAGACAUGUCCUUAUUUUUACAUUCAGAACAUAUGUUAUGAGGUUGAGUUUUAGAGUGAGUGAAAGCUGUCUGUUGUUAUGGAUGCAUGCUAUACUGAUGGAAAGUGAUACGGGAGCAGGUGUUUGGAGAAGUGUAUAGAAUGAAAGUGUGUAGCCCUUGUUAACAUGGGAAUGCUGGGCAUUGUGGACACUGCCCCUACUGACCCUUAAUCUCCCCAACUAGCAUGUAAGUACUGUAAUGUAUUUUAUGUGCUAGAAUCCCUUUAUUUGGCUGCAUUGGUGAGGAUGCCAGAGUAUUUUAUUUUUGUUCAAACUCUGAAGAAUGGCUACUGAAAAAUAGACAUAUUUACAGUGAAAUGAACUGGUAAUAUGUUAUUAAGCCUGAAGUGAACCUGAAGUGAACCUGAAGCAAGUAUGCAUAAAUCUAUGUAUAUAAUGAUCAACUUGUCAGAAAUAAAAAUGACAAACAUUGUAGUACAAUGUAUAUGUAUCUUUGCCCAUACCAAGUGGAUUUCCACACACCUGACCUGCAGUGGAUAUGAUUUUUUCUUGUUUCUUUUAUGUAUUUUAACUUAUGACUUCAAUGUGUUUGUUUUGAAACAGUUAUUUCUUCCAAAAUGUACAUUUUAGUUAUAUGGAUUUAUACAGUUCUACAUCAUAAAAUCGCCUGUCACUUAAAUACUAUUGAUUGAUAAACAUUCAGUUCUGUACACAACCAUGUAUAAACCUGCUAUUAGAGAGAAUAACGUUUCAUCACUGUAAAUAGCCAUGAAUAUACCUGUUAUUUAAGAGACCAAUUUGUAGUAGUGAUUGUAGAUAUUUUAUGUUUCAUAUAGCCAUUUGGACAAACAAAUUCUGCUUCUAAAUAGUAAAAAGAACAUUAUUGCGAAUAUCGUAGAUAAGGUGCAAUGGAAUACACCAAGAAAUGUGUAAUUGAUUAUUGUUGAACACUAAAGAAAAUUGUAAAUAUUGAAGAUAAGGUACAUAUGUAAUUUUACGAGAUAUGUGUUAUUUGAGAGGCUAACAUAUAGUAGUGACUGAUAUUUUGUUUCACAUGGCCACGUAUCUAUACCCAUACUAUGUAGAUUAUCACACACUUGUCUUUAAGAGGAUAGGAUACUUUUUGUUUCCUUGUUUCCUUGAUGUAUUUAACGAUAUGAUUUAAAUGUGAUUGUAUUACUGUAGUUGAGUUGGCUUGAGAAGCGAUAUUUGUAAUCAGUACUUCAAUAUAUUGGAUGUCUGAAGGUGAGGGACUGAGAAUUUGUAUAAUUGUUUAGCUACAGCGGCAAAACCAAACUGUAUUUGAUUAGUAUUAGGACACAAAACCAUUUCCAUAAUCAUAAAAAUAUCUGGAUGUGCACACGAAGAUUUUUUGUCAAUAAUGUUUUUUCACGAAAUUGCACGUCACUGGUUAAGCCUGAUGUAUUUAAUGGUGUCGACACAUGCAUAUGAAGAAAUAGAGAAGCAGAUGUGGUGAAAACACAAGGCUGUCAGAAUGUUUCUGGGUGUAAAUAAGAACACACGUGUAGUUACAUUAAAUGGGAUUGAGUUCUGUUAACGUUUGCUGAGUGUUGCGGGUUGAUAUUUACAGAUGCAUCGUGUUUCAAAUACAACUAAAUCGUGGGAUUAGAAAUAUGUUCGUAUAUUAUGAUAGUAAACAUUUGUUAAAUAAUGAUUGGAAAGUCAAACGUUCUUUUGCAUAUCUGAUGCAAUUCCCUAUUUUUGACUUUUACUAUAUGUACCCAUGUUUUUUCAGGUGAACAAUUGACUUGCCUGUGCAUGUGUUUGUGACGGGUGCCACCGGUGGGGCAGGAUACGCUAACCUUUUCGCGAACACCUGGUAUCAUUACUAUUUGAAUGUGAUUUAUGAACACAUGCUCAUGAUAUAGUCAGAAUUUUACAAUCGACUCGGCUUAAUGCAGAGCUUACUUUUGGAAAUGCAAAGGGUUUUGUCGCUUUAUUGUAUAAUGUAUUUGUAUUUAUUGAUAUAUAUUGCAUUGAUGGUUUGGAUAGAUGAGGGGCUUGGGUGACACAGUUUAUUAAAGCGAGUUGGGGUGUUACUUCCCUUAGGCAUAAGGCGUAUAGAAACUGAUGGUCGUAGGUUCAAAUCCCAUAUUCGCCUGAUGAUGUUUGUUGGUUUCUCAGCAUCAUACUCGCUUUUCUUGGGAUUCACCUAAGUAAUAAACGUCGAAGACCAUCAUCACUCCUGGCUUUCCUACCACAUUAAGUCGACACUUCGUGAUAUAACUGGAAUACUGUUCAAAGCCGCAUAUAACUAACUCUCUUGGAUAUAUGAUAGAACAAGUUAUGGGAUGGCAGGUAACGUGCAACAAAUACGACAGUUAAACACGCCAAACGUAUUGGCAGAACUGAGAUUUUAAACCAAAAUUUAGAUGGGAGUUUUACCUUUAUUUUGCUUAAACUUGCAGAUCUAACAAACGGCCUCUAUAAUUGUACCUGUCUGACAGAAUUUGCAGUUUCAGGGAGUGUUGAAGGAGUGCCAUUUUGCAGUGUAAUGUAGAUCAUACUAUGCACUGUAGUUUUGAAAAUGUAUCUAAUGAACGUAAUUCUAUUUUAAUGUUUAAUAGAAGACACAAAAUCUUUUUCAAUUUCUACUUACUUCACAUAACUGUUUAGUAUGCCACUUUAUGUAUUUUAUUUUUGUCUAAUAAGCCAAAUUUGGAUGAUCGCACAUAUUUCAUUAUGCAACUAAUUAAUUCUUUUACACAUAUGCAUGACUGUAUAAUUAGUGUUCUUUAUCUUAACAUAAACUAUUAACAUUAACAGGAAACUAUAAUAUUUCUAUUUGUCUUUUAUCAAAAUCCAUGUUAUCUGUAUCCAGUGAAUAUUUUUUUGUGUAACUAUAUUGACCUGCUUUGAAAACGCACAAAGAUGAAUCCAUGAAAAUAUCAAGCAAAACAUGAAAAUACCCCAUGGUUAGGACUUACGGAAGCUCCAAAACGUAGGCGUAGGACAAGCUGUUAUCUUGACUGAUACUGUCCAUGAGAAGGCGUUGUGUGGCAUUGCAUUGCAGCCAGGGACGGUCAUACCCAGUACUUACUUUGUCUUUGGACCCCUUGUGUGUUCCAUUUUCCACUAAAUUAAAAUUGUGUACUUUCCAAUGACACUUGUCAUUACUAAUGUGGAACUGAGUGUGAUUGUAGUACAAAGCCAACACCAUAUAAAAUUUGGUUUAGUGUCAAUUUCACUUUUUACCUCUGGUGCGUUUUCAAUGCGUUGCAGUAUAUUUAAUUCUUUUACACAUAUGCAUGACUGUAUAAUUAUAUAUUGUUCUUUAUCUUAACAUAAAUGAUUAACAUUAACAGGAAACACUAAUAUGUCUAUUUGUCUUUUAUCAAAAUCCAUGUUAUGGUAUCCAGUGAAUACUUCAGGAUAACUGACAUGAGGAGAGGCAUGCAUGUGCUCAGUUGAUAUAAAUGCACAGUGACCAACCAUGGUCCUGAUUCCAAAUUCAAAUAGCCAAUCUAUGCAACACCUGGGCAGAUGUUUGGCCAAACCGGAAGUGAAGUAAAUAAACCGGAAGUGCUUAUAUGACUUGUUCUUAAGGUCCCUAUACAGGCACAGGACAAGAUUGUCCUGCAUUAGAGCUGUUCUGAGGCAUUCAGGAAUACGUGGGUUGGGGCUACUUCUGUUCUGGCAUGAUAAAUUUACAUUUGUAUUUUUGCAAAGAUGUUUAUUUAUGUGCUUUAUCUUGGAUACAUUUAAUUUAGUGAAGCUGGGUAGAUAAUAAAUACUUUCUUUAAACCAUUAUUAUAGAAAUCCAUGUUUGUUUUGGCUGUUGUCAACGCUGCACUCAGAACUAUUACAUCUACUUGAGUGCCUUUUAACUAAUCAAGGGUGGACCUGACAAUCCUGACUGAGAAGGAUGACCUAUUCUAACCCUGAAUUCACCCAGCGUGUAUAACAAGUGGCAGAACAAGAGCUAGGAGCCCCAGGUAAACCUGCUGGAAUGGAAACUCCUAACUAGAUCUGCCUUUCGUAUAUUACAUGUGUAUCUGAUGCACCAAUUCACUGCUUGAGUCCCCAAUAUUCUCCAGAAAUAUUUUUUGAAAUCCCAGUCACAAGAAAUGGUCACCUACCAUUGAGUUAUUCUCCUUUGGAUGAAAAGGGCUUAACUUAUGGAGAUAAUUGUAUUGGCAUGUUAGACCUGUCCAAAUGCAUCCAAAAGACACAUAAGAGGUAGAAUGUCCUGAAUGCACAUUGUAUAAACAUGGUAAAUUGAUUCUGGUACCAUCAUUUGUAUACUUUGGCCUCCGAAAUUUGGUGUCAAACUCACUACUGUGUUACAAUGAGACAGAUUUCAUGAUUUUGUAACUUUGAAAGUGUUACCAAAAUAAAAAUAUUCUUUUCUUA